CCCACCAUAGGCUCCACCUAGUGCCUUGAAGCUAGUAGCCGCAAGGGUCCCAUGAUGGCAUCAUGGCGGUGGAGGAUUUCUUGCCCAGCGUGGAAGCCACCCAGCUUGUGGUGCGGAGUGGCGAGGGAUUUCAUGAGGAUUUUCCAAGCUUACACCAGCUCCUGGAGUAUGAGGAGCCUUGUGAGGUUUGUCGGGCUAUCCUUCGAUUGAUGCGACGGCUUUUGUGCAGACGAUCGGAGGUGAGUGAAGCAGCAAUGGUGGAACGUGAAGGGCUUUUGCCCUGGAUCCAUGAAUGGUUGGAAAUGAGUCAAGAAGAGCGACUUGCACUGACCAAGAUUGCAGUUAACGGCUUCACUGCUUUGACAGUGCAGAUGCAGGCGCGUCACUUGGCGUUGCUCAUCGAUAUCCAGCUCGCGCACAUGUGGGUUGAACACGCUUUCCGAGAAAGCGAAUCUCAGGAAAGCUCGCGAACAUGUUCUGAACGGGUGGCGAGAGGUGCGCGAGUGUACCGCACAUUGUUGGCUGCUUUAGCUGUGCUUCCAGACACGGAACUGGAUUCGAUUGGCCAGGCCGCAGCGGCUGAACUUCAAGCAGCAAUUACUCCCAUCAGCAUGGCCCGCGUGGUGUUGCGUUUGUCAGCCACGAGACGAAGGCAGCUGAUGGACAUUCUGGUAGAGGAACAAGUUUUGGAAGAAGGGUCCGCUUUGAGGCUGUUCCGGGCUUUGUCAGCGUUGGAGUCUAUGAUGGGCGCAGAUGCGCUGGAUGCUGUUCUUACAGGCAUGGAUGCUGCUGCAAGUGCCAGCGCUGGCAUUCUAAGUGUUGGAUCCGGAGUCCUUGCAGCAGGUGCUGGCGUUCUAGAUUCUGUCACAAGCAUCAGCACUACUAGACCUAUGCAAGCUCUUGGUGCGUGGUCUUACGAUUCCUUGUUUGGAGAAGAUGGAGGUGAUCAAGUCUUGGAGAAUGAGGCCGAGAAUCAUGCUUCGCAAGAAGUUCCUGAUGCACAAGGAGCAGCAGAUUUCUUCUGACACCACAAGUCUUCAGACGCCUAUACUUGGGCACUGGCCAUCCCGAGUCUGGAGUGUUUCAGAAGCCUUUGGCACCAAUCUCCAUCAUAUCAUCACUGGAUUUCCAGAUCCAUGAUACAGAGGAUUUUGUUCAGGCCCUCUCGUCCGAAGAGGGAUUGCAGAAGUAGAAGAAGCCACAAGCGAUUGCAGGCCAACAAGGCUUAGCAGAUUAUCGUUCUUUUUCGUGUAUCGACUUACGAAGCCAGGCCGACAGUGAGAGCUUUCGAACCCCUUGGUACGAGUAAGAGAGCUGUCAGUUGCAGUCCUGUGAAGAGAGCAAUGCGUCUUGCAAAGCCAUUGCAAGUUGCCGAUGCAAGAUAGUACAAGGCAAGAUAGACUGGUGAAGUCAAGAAGCUCUGGUGUGGGGUGCUCAAACUCUCUGAGAGGGCUUCGAGGAGCCCGUGCGAAAAGAUGUGAAAACCAGUCGUCCAAGCGAGGCUUUUGUUCUGCUUUGGGUCUUUUCUACUAGCGUUGGCCUCCAACCAACUUUGUAACAACUCAGCACUCAGC